AGAGCUUGGGAUUUGGGUUCAAGCCACAACCUUGUUGCACACUGCAAAAAGCAUGGUGCGGCGAGAGGCAGUUGCGCCAAGAGAGAAGCACUCGGGAACAGUACGGUUGGAGGCAUUCAAGCAAACUCGCUUGUGCAAGUUUCACAUUGCUGGAAACUGCAUUCGAGGAACUUCCUGCAAUUUCGCUCACAGCGUUGAGCAGAUCCGCCACCAGCCAGAUUUUUCGAAGACCCGCCUUUGUGCCGAUUUCAUGGAGUCCAGGUGGUGCAGAGAUGGUGACUAUUGCAAAUUUGCCCAUGGUGAGCAUGAGCUCCGACCCCAUCCCGCAUCCAAGACAAAAGAGCAGGAGACGAAACAAUCGGAAGUUAUCCAACCUUGCAAGAGCCCACAAGUGGCCACGGCCACGCCGGAGUUGCAAACUUCCAAGUCUCCAAAGCACGUGUUGAAGUCUUCAACGUGGUUUGAUGAGGGCUGCACUUGGCUUGGGUCAGAGGCAAUUCCCAUGUUCCCAUGGUAUGCGUACGUCGAAUAUCAGUUUCCCGACGACCUUGGGUGGGACACGAACAGCCAAUUCAGUGGAGAAUGGAAUGAAUGGAAUGACUGGAAUGAAUGGAACGAAUGGAAUGAAUGGAAUGGAUGGCAUGAACGGAACCCAGCCUCAAGCAACAACAGCACGACGUGCACAGAGAGCCCACUUCAGGGUCCCAUCGCAAAUCCUACAGUGCCUGACGGGAACCUGAUCUUUGAUCUCGGCGGGAACUGUGCACCAUUUCAGUCUGAGGUUCGAGUGAAAAACACCUUUUUGCACAUUGAUGUCACGGAUAGUGAGGAUGAGGAUGGGCCUUACACAUCACCUUCGCUCCGAAGAUCUCCCAGUGCUCCGAGCAGGUUGGUGAUGCUUGGUGAAGACUAACCACUUCGGAAGAGAUGCAUUUUUGAGCGGCUUUCCAGCCUCUUUGGCCAUGCUCCUCCAGAGCAUAGUUUGCAAAUUGUUCCAGUGCCUGGACGGACUGCGUUUGAUUACAGGAAUCUCCUAUGCCAUCAGUCUGCCAGUCGCAUCGGAGCAGUGUAAUGUACAUAGAAAUUCAUGGAAAGUCCCAACCUUCCUGCUUAGACCGUGCACAAGUCGCAGGUCACAGCUGCCUCACAUUAGUUUGCAACACACCUAGCAGAGAGCAGGAAGCACACGGUCGAGACCUUUUAGAGUGGUUGCAUUGCUUGAGCAGUUUCUGUGCUUGAGCAUUGCCGUGCUCAUACGUAGUUCCCCGCACUGUUCCGCGCAAUUU